AUGGAACCCAAUCCGAAACGCCGGAAGCGGUCACCAACUUCUUCUUCUCCUCUUGGCACUGCUGCUCACAAUGCAACUGAUGACAAUAUUGACAACAACAAUGUUGUUUCCAUCAUUACGUAUUCUGGAGGUUGUGCCUUUGGCGACCCCAAGUUGUUGACAACGCCUCUGCACCAUCACCUACAUCUACAAAAGUGCAUACAGCUGCAAAAAGUGAUCUUUGCGGAUGGCCUCGAAGCUAUCGACAAGGAUGCAUUUGUACGCUGUGAUUCUCUUGCAAACGUUACGAUUCCAUCUCAUGUCAAAUCAAUAGGUUCACACGCGUUCCAAGGGUGCAGAGGUUUACGGAGUCUUCAAUUGCUUUCAGAGGAUGAUGCUGGCAAUGAUGGCAAUGAUGGCAAUGAUUGUUCUUUGGAACAAAUAAAAACAUCCUCAUCGUCGGCUACAUUGCAACGAAGAAGCAUCAUCAAUGUUCCUUCAAGCCCAUCCUUCCAUAAGAAAUCCACAAGUUUGGUGACUAUUCAUAUGGCAGAUGGUCUGAGAUAUAUUGGUAGCCAUGCGUUCCAAUAUUGUACGUCAUUGGAAGCUGUCAAAAUUCCGUCGACCGUCGAGUGGAUUGGUGAGGGCGCCUUUCAAAAAUGUUCUUCCAUGACGGAAGCCCUUUUCCAUGAACAAGGAGUAUUGGCGUACAUUGGCCCCCAUGCAUUUGCCGAGUGUGCUGCCUUGACAAGCAUCAAGGUCCCUUCCACUGUGACAUUCUUGGCAGCCAAGACCUUUUGUGGUUGCCCAUCGUUAAAAGAAGUUAAAUUGCAAGAAGGACUCAAGGCUGUUGAAGACAAUGCCUUUGCGGGCUGUAACCGAUUGGCACGAAUUGACAUUCCAACCUCGGUCGAAACAAUUGGAGGUUCGGCGUUUUCCGGAUGCUCGUCCAUGAGACGAGUGGACAUGCCAGAAACUGGUUUGUUAAGAACCAUUUGCGCCAAUGCUUUUUCACAUUGUAUCAGGUUGGCAGGGGUGCAAAUACCAUCCACUGUGACUCAGAUUGGCAGGGCAGCAUUUUCGAACUGCAUGUCCUUGGUCCAAGUCGGAUUGCCCGAGGGAAUUACAAGUCUGGAGCAUUCUGUGUUCGAAUCUUGCUCCCAACUAGAAAGAAUCCACAUUCCAGCAAAAGUGGAAAUCAUUUCCCCUUGCUCCUUUCGUCAAUGCAAGUCUUUGAUGGAUAUUGCUUUGCCAGACAGCUUGGUGUCUAUUGAAUGGGGUGCCUUUUCAUACUGCUCGUCCCUGUCCAAGAUUCAAAUUCCAAAGCAAACAAAGGUGAUUGAGAAAGGGGUCUUUGAGCGCUGCGAUUCGUUAAUUGAACUCGAUCUUCCUAAGGGACUCAAUGAUCUACGUCAGGGCGUAUUUCGCGAAUGCAAAUUGCUACAGACAGUCCGGUUCUCGUGUGGUGCACUCUUGGAUCGAUUUGAUGAAAAAGUCUUUGCCGAGUGUACUUCGUUGGUCCAAGUGAUUCUGUCCGAGGGAUUGACAGAAAUUCCUCGAGAGACAUUUUUUGAAUGUCUGUCAUUGAGAAGUAUCCGAACUCCUCGCACUCUCAAGAAAGUUGGACCCAGCGCCUUUUUCAAGUGUCUUUCCCUCACUGCCGUGGAAUUUCAAAAGGGACUACAGCAGAUUGGAUACGAAGCCUUUGCUGACUGUAAAGGAUUGACAACAGUCAAAAUCCCUUCUACAGCAGAGGUGAUUGAAAGCCGUGCGUUUGACGGGUGCAUAUCGUUGACAAAAGUCGAUCUAGCGGAAGGCUUGUUGACUAUUGGAUCACGGACCUUUUCGUUCUGCUCCUCUCUCUCCAGCAUCAAGAUCCCUUCGACAGUGGAGAAAAUUGGACACUUGGCAUUUUCUCCGUGUAAAUCUCUAGUGUCAGUGGAAAUUUUGCGUCGUCAAGAGGAAACGGAGCUACAAGGAGAAGUGUUUGGGACUUGCGUAUCCCUCUGCAACAUUUCGUUUCCAAAGUGUAUGAUGAAGCAGAUUGAUACCCCUCCAGUCUUCCUCUCGGCAGGCUGCUUUUGUCGCUGUAGGCAUCUUCAGCGACAUUGCAGCUCACAACAGAGUGUGGGACAACUGGUGACAACUCGAUUUGACGACUAUCCAAUCCACAGGCUAUGCUAUUAUUCAUCCGUGACCAAGGCAGAUGAUCUACAUCGUCAACUUGGCUUAUCGCCUUACUGUCAAGAAAGUAUCGGUACGACUUUAGAGGAAUUGAGACAGGGCGACAAAUGCCAGCAGUUUGUUGUGGAUACCUUUGAGAUGACACCUUUUCAUAUCCUACUGUCAUCAUCAACCAAACGAAAAGACUUGUUGAUAGCAUUGUUGGAUGCCUAUCCCGCUCACGUGCUUGGUCGGCAAGACAUACGUGGGAACCGUGCUAUGGACUACUUGAACUGCAAAUUGUGGACGGAUUCAGUCAAAGCAUUGAUGCAAUUGACACUGGAACGAUACACGGUGGACCGGUUGUCUGAUUGGGGCUGCGAUGAAUGGAGCAGGCGUAUGUCAAGUGAGGUUCUGGCAAUCUUGCGCGAAAAUGACAAGGAACGAAGGGAAAACGCUUUGAAUGAAACAUAUGAUACCAUGACCCAAUACGAGCGUUUGGAGAGUGUAUCAGUAUUGGAACUGGCCUUGUGGAAAUCAUCCAUGGGGCCAUGCCGUGUGGACGAAGACAUUGGUGAUGGUGUGGGUCGAAAUAAUGGUCGAGUACGAUGUGGAGCAUCUUUUGUGGUUCCAAGUGUCCUUACUUUUCUAUGGGAUUGA